CCUCCAACGCGCGACGUCACGGUGGGUCGCCCCGUUAACCUUUCAGCGUCAGUAAACCGGAUGUAAACCUUGCGUUAUGCAGAUCAACAUCCUGACCGUGUGUUUUCCAGACUUUCUGCCACAGUGAUGGAUCCGGUGCUGAGCCCCGAGCAAACCGCCCGCUCCGAGUCCCGUUAAACACGCCACUGUUCUCCGGCGGGAAGGAGCUGUUUCAACAUGGCGGCGGUGAGAACUUUCUCCGGGCAGACAGAGUUGAUCAUGGAAGCGGCGGUGGAGGCUGUGUCCUCCGUCCUCCAGCAGAGGACCGGACCGCGAGGGAUGGACGGCGAAGACGCGUGGGUUCAGCUGUCUGCUGUCCUUAACGCGAUGUCCAAAGAGGCUGUUCGGAAAAUCUGCGGAGUUUUCCAAGAGCUGUACGUGAGUUUAGAGAAGGAAACCGAGGCUCUGAAGGACGAAGUGAAACGCCUGGAGUCUGAACUGAAGAACCAGAAGAACCCUGCAGCUGAGAAGAAGCAGACUCAGACGCUUUAUAAGAUCAAAGCAGCAGAAGGGCCCUCUCUGUCAGUGGAUACCAACCAACCAGCUGCUCACCCUGCGGCCCUCGCUGUGGCCGUCCUUAGCUCCACCAAACCCACACACACAGCCGGCAGCAGCCCCCAGGUCCCUCUGGUCAUCAUCAGCCAGUCCCUCCCCAAACCGCCCACAGGACAGAGCAGCCCUGGCCCCCAGGUUCUGCAGGAGAAACCAGAUCAGCCCGCCGGUCUUUGUGAGGCUGACAUUGAGACUGAGGUGGUUUUAGAAUCGAUCCAAAGCUCUACAAACUCUGAUGGAACAGAUACAGCAUCGCUUCUUGUGGUUAAUGAUCAACCAACCAGUGAUCUCGCAGGUGUGUCUGUGACAGUGAGGGAGGACCCGCCCACACAUGACCAUGAACCAGCUGUGGAUGAAUCAGAGAUGAAGAUCAAAGCUGCUGAAGACAAAGGUGAAGAUCAGACACUGAGUGAGGAGGAGCAGAGGGAGGAGGAGAGGAGGAGGAGGAGGGAGCUGUACAAAGAGAAGAGGUUUUUCUGUGAGCUUUGUAACAAGGGUUUCCACCAGCAACACCAGCUGAGGAAACAUGUGUCCUGCCACCUCAAACCGUUCCCUUGCACCUCCUGUGACAAAGGUUUCUAUAAAGCCAAGACUCUUCAGAAACACCUGCUGAGCCACCAGCUGAGGGAGGCUCAGGAGAACGACCCCGACAAGCUGCUGCGCUGUGACCAGUGCGACAGGAAGUUCAGACUCCUGCGGCAGCUCCGAGUCCACCAGGCAUCGCACCGUCUUGAGAAGACACCGCUGAAGUGCCACGCCUGUGAGCGCACCUUCACUUCCUCCAGCGCACUCCGCUACCACGAAGUGUCUCACUCCAAAGUCAAGCCCUUCAUGUGUGACGUCUGCGGGAAGAGUUUCACCAGGAAGAAGAGUCUGAGAGAACACCAGACGGUCCACACCGGAGCUAGACCCUACCCCUGCCAGACCUGCGGGAAGAGCUUCUCCACCGCCAGCAACCUGCGCGUCCACAAGAGGUCGCAUUCGGAGGAGCGGCCGUUCAAAUGCAGCGAGUGCGACAAGGCCUUCAAGUGCAGGAUGGGUCUGCUGCAGCACCGAGUGGUUCACUCCGGCGAAAAGCCCUUCAUGUGUCAGACCUGCGGACUGAGCUUUGGACUCAAGUACAACUUCCAGAGACACCUGCGCCUUCACAACGGAGAGAAGCCCUUCAGGUGUGAAAAGUGUGGGGAGGGCUUCACGGGGACCUGGGCUCUGAAGACCCACAUGCUGGUUCAUGGCGUGGAGAAGCCGUUCAUGUGUGAUCUGUGCGGGAAGACGUUUUUCUACAACUGUCAGCUGCAGAAGCACCAGCAGCUGGUUCACGACAGUAAAGACGGAGGGAAAGGUGGAGGGCCGGGCAGACGGAGGCCGGCCGGGGUCAAACCGUUCAGCUGUAAAAUCUGUCUGAAGAGCUUCUGCAGCAGCGCCACGUUGAGGACGCACGAGACGAGCCACGCCGAGAACAAAGAGUUCACCUGCGACACCUGUGGGAAGUCAUUCCACCUGCGACACCUGUACCUGUACCACAUGAGGCAGCACAGCGGCGACCGGCCUUACGUCUGCGGCGUCUGUCAGAAAGGUUUCCUGCUGUCGUCGCAGCUGAAGCAGCACCAGCUGCUGCACACCGGAGUCAAACCUCACAGGUGUGGACAGUGUGGGAAGGAGUUCAGGACGCCGCAGAACUACCACCGUCACCUGCUGGUCCACACCGGAGAGAAACCCUACCAGUGCCUGGUGUGCAGCAGGAAGUUCAGGCAGUCCAACCAACUCAAGUCUCACAUGCAGAUCCACACAGGCGUGAAGCUGUACUCCUGCGGCCGCUGCAGGCAGGGCUUCUCCGACUCCCGGCAGCUCAAGAAACACCGCUGCGGAGACGACGAUGCGAGCGCUCCUGAAUCAUCCCGCAGCAAACGCAGGAAACACGUCGAUGAGUUCCCCUGGACGCAGGAGUUCACAAACCAGUAACACCUAAGAUCAUUGUCAGGGGUCAGUGAGCAUCAAUAAAGAUCAUUACACACCAGUAAAGACCAGUGAGGAUCAAACGCAAGAAACACAGGGACCAGUCCCCGUGGAAAGAUCUUUAUCAGGGUUCAAUAAAGACCAGUAUGGAUCA